ACACCUCUUUCUUUGAUUGUUCGUGAUGAGUGCAACAGAGCCAACUGUAGAAAAGGUCCCCAAGUCCCAGGAGGACGAUGACGAUGACGAGGACAUUGAUCAAUUGAUCAUGGACUUGCAGUCGCACCACGGCUUGGACGACGACGAGUCCGACGAAGAGGACGACGGCGCUUCCUUCAAGGCCGUUCCCGAGGAGUUGUUGCAAACCAGCAUCCAGACCGGGUUGACCGACGACGAGAUCACCAAGAGAAGAAAGAAGUACGGCUACAACCAGAUGGCCGAGGAGAACGAGAACUUGGUGCUCAAGUUCGUGAUGUUUUUCGUGGGCCCCAUCCAGUUCGUCAUGGAGGCCGCGGCCGUGUUGGCCGCCGGUCUCGAGGACUGGGUCGAUUUCGGAGUCAUUUGCGCGUUGCUUUUGUUGAACGCCUUUGUUGGUUUUAUCCAGGAGUACCAGGCCGGUUCCAUCGUGGAGGAGUUGAAGAAGACCUUGGCCAACACGGCCAACGUCGUCAGAAACGGCACGUUGAUUGAGAUCGAGGCCAACCAGAUUGUACCCGGCGACAUUUUGCAGUUGGAGGACGGUGUGGUGAUCCCCGCCGAUGGCCGCGUGGUUUCCGAGGACGUGCUUUUGCAGAUUGACCAGUCCGCCAUCACCGGUGAGUCUUUGGCCGUGGACAAGAGAUGCGGCGACAGCUGCUACUCUUCUUCCACCGUCAAGACCGGUGAGGGUUUCAUGGUGGUGACUGCCACUGGAGACAACACCUUCACUGGCCGUGCCGCCGCGUUGGUCAACAAGGCCUCCGGUGGCUCUGGCCACUUCACGGAGGUGUUGAACGGUAUUGGAACGGUGUUGUUGGUUUUGGUCAUCAUCACCUUGUUGGUUGUGUGGGUGGCCUGUUUCUACAGAUCGCUCGGCAUUGUUACUAUCUUGAGACACACCUUGGCCAUCACCAUCAUCGGUGUGCCCGUUGGUUUGCCCGCCGUUGUCACCACCACCAUGGCCGUCGGUGCCGCGUACUUGGCCAAGAAACAGGCCAUUGUCCAGAAGUUGUCUGCCAUUGAAUCGCUCGCCGGUGUCGAGAUCUUGUGUUCCGACAAGACCGGUACCUUGACCAAGAACAAGCUUUCCUUGCACGAGCCAUACACCGUCGAGGGCGUCGAGGCCGACGACUUGAUGUUGACCGCGUGUCUCGCCGCCUCCAGAAAGAAGAAGGGUUUGGACGCCAUCGACAAGGCCUUCUUGAAGUCGUUGAUCAGCUACCCCAGAGCCAAGGCCGCUUUGACCAAGUACAAGGUGUUGGAGUUCCAGCCCUUCGACCCCGUUUCCAAGAAAGUCACUGCCAUUGUCGAGUCCCCCGAGGGCGAGAGAAUCAUCUGCGUGAAGGGUGCGCCAUUGUUCGUCUUGAAGACUGUUGAGGAUGACCACCCUAUCCCCGAGGACGUGCACGAGAACUACCAGAACACCGUUGCCGAGUUUGCCUCCAGAGGCUUCAGAUCCUUGGGUGUUGCCAGAAAGAGAGGCGAGGGCCACUGGGAGAUCUUGGGUAUCAUGCCCUGCAUGGACCCCCCAAGAGACGACACCGCCGCCACCGUGAACGAGGCCAGAAAGUUGGGUUUGAGUGUCAAGAUGUUGACUGGUGACGCCGUCGGCAUUGCCAAGGAGACCUGUAGACAGUUGGGCCUCGGCACCAACAUCUACGACGCCGAGAAGUUGGGUCUUUCCGGCGGAGGUGACAUGGCCGGCUCCGAGAUUGCCGACUUUGUCCAGAACGCCGACGGUUUCGCCGAAGUGUUCCCCCAGCACAAGUACAACGCCGUGGAGAUUUUGCAAAACAGAGGUUUCUUGGUUGCCAUGACUGGUGACGGUGUCAACGACGCCCCAUCCUUGAAGAAGGCCGACACCGGUAUCGCCGUCGAGGGUGCCACCGAUGCCGCCAGAUCCGCCGCUGACAUUGUGUUCUUGGCCCCUGGUUUGUCUGCCAUCAUCGACGCCUUGAAGACCUCCAGACAGAUUUUCCACAGAAUGUACGCAUACGUGGUUUACCGUAUUGCGUUGUCCUUGCACUUGGAGAUCUUCUUGGGCUUGUGGAUUGCCAUCUUGUCCAGAUCCUUGAACAUUGACUUGGUUGUUUUCAUUGCCAUUUUCGCCGACGUCGCCACCUUGGCCAUUGCCUACGACAACGCCCCUUACGACCCCGAGCCCGUCAAGUGGAACCUCCCUAGAUUGUGGGGUAUGUCCAUCGUCUUGGGUAUCAUUUUGGCUGUUGGUACCUGGAUCACCUUGACCACCAUGUUCAUGUCCAAGGGUGGUAUCAUCCAGAACUUCGGUUCCAUCGACGGUGUCUUGUUCUUGCAGAUCUCCUUGACCGAGAACUGGUUGAUUUUCAUCACCAGAGCCAACGGUCCUUUCUGGUCCUCCAUCCCAUCCUGGCAGUUGUCGGGUGCCGUCUUAAUUGUCGACAUCCUCGCCACCUGCUUCACCUUGUUUGGCUGGUGGUCCCAGAACUGGACUGACAUUGUCACUGUUGUCAGAACCUGGAUCUUCUCCUUCGGUGUCUUCUGUGUCAUGGGUGGUGCUUACUACUUGAUGGCUACCUCUCAAGCAUUCGACGACUUCUGUAACGGCAAGAAGGCCAAGAAGUCGCACGACAGAUCGAUUGAGGACUUCAUGGCCUCCAUGGCCAGAGUGUCUACUCAACACGAGAAGUCUUCUUAAGCGGCCGGACAUUCGUGCCUAGUUGCUUGCAAACA